AUGACUCCCUCAGGCUGGCCGCGAGCUCAAAAGAACAACGCUCCGAAGGCGAAGACUCAGAAAGGAAAUGCCUCAAAGGGGAAGGCUGCUAACGGAAAGACGACCCCAGCCAAGGCAGUGCAGAAGGCAAAAACUCCGGAAGGGAAGAAGGCAGCCCUUGCCAAGGGUAACAAAUCUACCAACUCACCCAAGGGAGCAGAAGCCAGCUGCUCUGAAAAACGCGGUCUCGGGUCGGUCGGCGCAGCCUGCAAGACGAAGUUUGGCAAGGCAUCGAACCGGAAGGGUAAGAAUACAAAGGAUGCCCAGGACCCGAACGUGAGAAAGGAUGCUGGAACGCAGAAGCUCGAGGAAUUGGCCAAGAAGAAGGGCAUAGAGCUCGAGCAUGACGCUACGUAUGUGAUCAAGGAGAAAACUGGCGGGAAAACCAUACCGCACGAAUACGUCGCCGGUGUCAAAUACCAGAAAACCAACAACCAGGGGGUCGAAGAACAUACCGCCACAGGCAAGAGAUAUGAUCUCUUUGUCGGGGGAAAGAAAGUCAACGUCAAAGACAGGAUCCAAAAAAACCAGGAUCAGGUUGACGCAACAGUCAAUGCCAAGGGGAGCAGUAAGAUACCAGUCGUGCAUUCCAAACACAACGCUUAUAUUGAGGAGCACACCUGGUACCCGAAUAAGAAGAAGGGAGGAAGAAAGCUUCUGGGAAAGAUGGAUAGCAAGUUUGUAGGCCCGGAUGGCCCUGAAGGUUGGGAGAUCCUGAAAGAGGGUGGGAAGAUUCUGACUGGCGACCCUUACGAACAGGCAGGCGGCAAGUAUAGUAUUCUCGCUCACUGCACCAAGGGGGGGGACGCGAACAAUUGCAAGACCAUGGCGAAGAAGCUUGGUGACACUAUUGUCGAGAAGCCAAGGGAAGUGUCUUAUUAG